ACCAAGAUGGCGGAAAAAUUUGAACAAGGAGGGAAUUUUCAAAUCGUAUUUUUGAUCGAUGUGUUUGUUGAGGAACAAAAUAUUUGUGAACAAGAUUUAGAAGACAUCUUCAACUUAAAGUCUCGAGCAAUUUCGCUGUGUGUUUUGCGUUUGUUACUGCAUUUUAAUUCCGUUGUUGAGUGCGGGAACUUCGCUCCUUUGAAAUGGGGUUUCAAGUUUUAUAAUUCAAAUGUCCUCAAUUUUGAAUACAAACGACGACGAUUCUACGAACUGAACAGUGGGUCUUUUGAACAGUUCGAGGAGGAAAUGAGGCAGCGUUUUACAAAUGCCAGUAACAGUCAAAAUUCAGCAAAAACUGCCGGUGUAAAAAGUUUAUCAUGUUGUCUGACUGAAAUUUUACAUGAUUUUCCCUGGGUGACUCCGGACAUCAGCUCACCUUCGAGAAGUGCUAAGUAUGAUCAAUUUCACAGUCAAGGCAACAGGCCUAGGAAUUAUUUAUUUGUGGUCGGUGAUUGCCCUCUAUCGGAUGCCGAUAUGUGUCUGUUUUUGGGCAGAAAUGAAAGCUCGUUUGAUGCCGAGGUCGUUUUCAAGGAAAUAUUUUCUGCGGCAUUGUAUGAAGAGUUUCACAGCAAAUGUGGUUUGUCGUUGUUCUGGAUUGACUCGGGUCUGUGGUGUGUUGCUCCCGAGAAAUUGAAGACGUCGGUCGAGGUUUGUGUUAUUUGUUACAUUUCCUGUUGCUAUGGUUACAGGGCGGUAGAUGGUGGUCGACUAGGUACAUAUAUUAUUGUGAAGAAAAAUACCCAGAUUCUAUGACGUUUUUAAUGAAAAAUACAUAGUAUUUUUCAUUAAAAACGUCACUGGUCAUGUGUGUCCAGUAUGUUUUAUAUUUGCUGGUCAAACUAAAAAAUUUAGUGGUCAAUUAAUGUGACGGCACUUAUUCUGAGGCUUGCUCGCUACUCACAAAAUUGAUUAUGUGUUUCGUUGUUCAUUUAGUAAUUUGUUUUGUUUUUAAUAUUUUAAGGAUUGGAAAGGAUACAGCUUGAUAUCAUGUGUCACUAAACAACUUUGUGGAAAUAUAGUCCCAAUUUCAUCUCUCGUACAAGAUGCUAGAAACAUUUGUCUGCCUCACUUGGGAAACAGUACAUUGAGUCCAAAGGGGUUUAAACUAAAGGCCAACACGUUGGCAGAGGUCCGAGUGAUGACGGCUGCUUUCAAAUUUUCAUUUGGGAAAACCGUUGAGGCGUUUCUUAGUGGAAAAGACUUGAUCAGUGAAGCUGUAAUUAACAAUGUAAAACUAAUCCCAAAUAGUAAUGGAUUAUUGAAAGGAAUCUUGCAUUUUCAAGGUAAGAUCAUAAUGGGUCAUUCCAGAAAACAUCCAUACCACCCCCACGGUAUGAUCAGAAACAUUUUUUUAUCCCCUCCCCCUCCGGACGGCAGAAAUUUCCUCCGUGAGGGGAGUAUGGAUCUUUUCUGGAAUGACCCAAUAUAUUUUCUGAAGCCAUCCUGCAUUGCACUAUGGGGUAUUUGUGGUAUCUGUGAGGUCCUUGAAUAUACAGUUAUCUAGUUACAACUCCACAGUUGUUUGUAAGAAUAGUACUUCCAAUUUGACUUGAUCUACCAAACACUGGCAACACUGCACCCUUGAAACAAACUCAGCUGGGCAUUUGUUACGGGGGUUAGAGGUAUCGGUGAAUGUCAGGGUGUUAUUAAGAGAUUAUGAACAGAUGCCAAGUUUAUCAACAUCACCCGCAACGAAUGCCCAUGAGGUAGAAGAGCUUGUAGAGCUAUCCAGCAUAAAUAAAGUUAUAUAUAGUCCAUUUUCCUUCUUUUGUGAAUAAACACAAUCAGAAGAAUGAAAUGGUAACUACGGUAGCAGAUGUACAAAUUUGCACAACUUUAUUUCCUUCAGAAAAGAGGGUUUGCUCUGUCGUGCUAUCACACAUACUCCAGAAGAAGUCGACCUCUACUCCUGGCGAGUGCAGUUCUAACAUUGAAACACCUGGAUCUGAUGACAUAGAUAAUCACAACCACGACAAUGUAAACGUGGAAAAACCAAGCUUUGAUGAUAACUCAUCAUUGGCUGCUUCUCAACAAACACUUCCAGAUUUGGAUCCCAAAACUAACGAUGAAGUAAACAGUUCAACAUCAACAAACAGCAACAUGGUACUAAAGGCAGAAAGAGACAGUUUAGAAAAUUGUUUUGUAAUCAAAGGUGUUAUUGCCAAUGCCGACGUUUCUCCAUCGUGGAUGCAUCCGACAAAGUUAUACUCGUGUUUUAGUGGGGAAACUUUGAACAGUCGAGAGGUCGAGAAUACAGAAGAUGCUGGACUGUUUCAGCAGAUGUUGUCUCUAAUUGGUAGUAAAUCUCUCAGCAUGGUAAGUCUUGGGUGUGCUCAUGUGUUUGAGUUUCUGGGUAUGAUUUUGAAAUGCUCACACACAUACAAUUGCAAGCCUGAAAAUAAGUAGCUGGACACGGACACUGUCCGACAUGGAAAGGGCAAAUGUCUGGCAGUAUGUCUGUAUGGUACAGUGAUACUGCUAUUAAUUAAAAAUAAUAAUUAUAUUGAUGAAAAGCAGAAGAUACAUUAAAUACUGUGAAUAUAUCUGUCAUAAAAAUUUUUCAUGAAAACUUCCUGUCACGACAAAACUUGCCCCUGUCUUUUUUGCGCUUGCUGCUGGGCCACAUGUAAAUACAUGUUUGCAUUUUCAAUAUGGCUUCUUAGUAGUAAUAUUAUAAGCAAACAAUGGUCUUUCAUCUUUGCUUAAUUUCUCUUCACAGGUUGUCGAGUACCAAGAUCCUGACACAGGCACACAUGUUACAGGCCUGCUUCAGCCAAUCACCUCGCUUUGUGCCAUACUGAGCAUGAUCAAGAAAGACAAGCUGCUACUGGUUGAGAAGGCUCUGUUACGUCAUAGAUCACAUGGCUACAUAGUAGUCCCAUGUGACGUCACAUCAGAUGAAGGUGACUCCGAGAUGUUACCAUUUGAUCUCCGAGAGAAUAAAGAGGAAUUUGGAAAUGAUGAAGGAAUAAAUAGUAUGUUGUCGAGGCCGAAAGAUGGGAACAGCAGUGAAAAGGGCAUCACUCAUUCAUACAUCUGGUAAGAAUACUUUAUUUAGGGAAAAUGUUUCAGACAGUUUGUUAGAAUGAUGAUCUUUUUCUAAUAGGGGGGUGGAAAAAAUAGAUGAGCACUGCUUGCAGGAAAUGUUAAACAGCUGCAGGGAAUUUGUUUGAAUGAAGAUUUGCUAUUGAAAAUUUGAAGGAAACCUUAACACCCAUGUCCCACUAUGGGCGCAACAACAUAUGGUUGACAGACAUUAUUCCUUGAACUUAAAACCAUGGUCAGCUAGAACAUUAUAUGUUUAUGCACAUGCAGAUUUAGCACAAAAAUACUCUGUUGGCCUGCAGAAAAAUUUUUGUCUCCAGGUUGUGCUCCCAGGAAGAAAAUUCUUCCUGCCAUUCUGAUUGGCUUUGGAUCGGAUUUGAACGUCUCUAUUUUCUAGUAUAAAUCAUAUAAGUGGCAGUUUAUGAGUUAUGCAUUUUUUUAAAAAAACAGCAGUUUUCAAAAGAAGAAGUUCAAAGAACCCAAGUCGGGAAAGGAAUUGCAUCUAAAGCUCAAAGAUUAUUAUUCCAAGAAGGAAUCUAAAUCAAACAGCGAGAAGAUGGCAACUCAAGCCCCGGCGUUGACAAGGGGGAAAUUGUUGCAAGAAACUUCACAAAAAAAUAUAACUUCAAAACAGAACGAAAGUGAAGCUCAGAAUAAGAUAAUGGACAGCACAAUGGAAACUGAAGAUUCAACUGCAACACUAUCAAAUUUGGACUCAGAACAAACUGAUGCAAUGGAUGAAGACCUACCUGAUAUGUCAGGUAAAAGCUGGUCAUGUCUCUAAAUCUCGUUUAAUUUCAAACCCUCCAGCAACAGGAGGAAAAGUAUUGGACCAUUUAUUUGUCCCAGGAAAUAGUUUCCUAAGAAAAAAAAAAAUAAUUGUAAUAAUGUAGAAAAAGGAGAAAUUCAAAGUAAAUAUUUGAACCAAUAGAAAGAAUGUUACCUGUACUGUAGGUAUGACUUCAGAAAUGCAAUUAUAAGUGCAUCCAUCUUAAUAGUGUGAUAGUGUAUAAAUGUAUAGACUAUAGAAUGAUGUAACAAAUGUUGUAUGGCAAAUGCAUUUUUAGCCAAUAUGGGACACCUGAUUUUACAAAACUUUCUGGGAAAGCAUGGAUCCCCUGAUAGUACGUGCCCCCUAGUAGUUCCUUUUCUGGCAUCUGUAUUUACCUUAUAAGAUCAGACCCUAGUUAUCUAAAUUAGUUUCAUGUUACAUUCCUAAAAGUAUUAUUAAGAUUCUGAGUACACUGAAAUAAAUUUUUUCUGUUAGAAGAUAGCAUGACAUUCAGUUUAACAACUUGUUAGUGUCACGCACUUACAGUGUCCGAGUGUCGAUUUUAUACUUGAGUAUUUGCAGAAAAUUUUCAAUGUUUCCUUACUGCAUAUACCAAAUGUCGAUUCCUUUAUAUUUACAGUUAUUCAAAGUGUUGACGAUCUGAAGACAAAGCUAGAGAACGAAUAUCAAAGAUGUCUUAACCAAGUACGUGAGAAUUUUUGUGGAAUUCCGUGCUAGCAAAUUUGAAAACGACAUCAAAUUGUGGAUGUAUACUAUUAUACAAAUAGAUAAUAAUUUUGAUUUCAUUUUUUUGUAUUUUAUUCUAGGAGCAGUCUGUGACUGUUUACGUAAGCCGUGCUUUUCAGAUGAUCGUGCACUUUAAACAUUCUGGUCAACUGAAAGACGUCGUAAGUUUACUGUGUAACGAGAUGUUUGAGUACUCACGAACCAUCUCGAGGCUCAACCUAGCAAGCCAGGGUCUACUGUAGCUCAGUUGGUUAGAGUGUUCAGGACUUAAAAAAUAGGCGUACGCGGGGACGAACAAUGGACCUAUUCCCUAAUGAACAAAAUUUUGAUUUAGACAAGUCUAGAUAAAGAUUUCAUUACAGCUUGAAAGAACAUCACAAAAUUAGUAAUAUUCCGAAGUUUCGUUGCCGUUUUACAAAAUGACUGAAAAACGGCAAACUUCGCAGGACUAUAUUAUCUGCAUUUUACAACAUUUCGCAACGAAACUUCGGAAUAUUACUAAUUUUGUGAUGCUCUUUCAAGCUGUGAUAAAAUCUUUGUCAAGACUUGUCUAGAUCAAAUUUUUGUUCAUUAGGGAAUAGGACCAUUGUACGCCGAAAUUAGCUUGGCGCACGCCAAAUAUUUCAGACAAAUACGAUCGCGUACAUGCACUUUCUACAUGCAGCAGAGCUGAACCGUUACCCAUUUCUCUUUCUCUUUGCCUUAAAAUCCUUCAGACAAUGAACAAACAUUCGCCUCUUUCCUUGAUUCCGAAAUAUCAUAUAUUUAUAACAAUCAAAGUAUCAAACAUGAAACAUUGAUCUAGAAACAUCGAUUUCGCUGUCUGAUAUGUAUGAUCUAUAUUUUUAUGUAGGAUGAAAUCGAUAGUUUGUUGAAGUCGACAGUACUGCGUGAUGGCAAAAAAUCUCGGGAAAUUUCUGAUGCUGAAAAAAAUGAAUCGGACAAAGAAAGAGUUGUUUUAGAGUAAGGGCAUCUUUCGGUGUUCUACACAACUUAGUAUACAUAUACGUUGAGCUAUAAAUCCUUGUUGCUAGUGCAGAGUACAUGUAAACGGAAUCAACCUGAUGGCUGAUACUCAGAAACAACAACAUUUUUUUCUUGCAGAUAUAAAUUACAGGUGUUUCUUCGUCUGGAGUUUGCGGACAAAAUUGGCGUCGUUGAUGAAGAAAAGAUGGCCGAUGAG